AUGGAAGGCGUAGGAGUCGCCGUCGCCCUGGACAUUACUCAAUCGAUGGAACGACUCGCCAUUAUAGUUGUCUCGGAUAAUAUGAGUGAUUCUGUAACCGUUGUCAGUACCUCCCUGGCACAGGUCAAGAACUCAAAUCAGUCGUGUGCCCUCUUCAUGUCUAGAAAUAUAAAGAUGCCGGAGGGAGUAAUGAUUACCCACUCCAACUUGAGCAGGGCGAUUAAAUACAUAUCGCAUUGCAAAAACGGCCUAGAUGAUCAAUCUCGUGCGUUCGAUGUUGCAUCCCAUUCCUUCGAUGAUGCAUGGGUCGAUAUCCUUCAAACUCUUCCAGCCGGUGGUUGCGUUUGCAUCCGUUCAAAAGUUAGACGCAAUGAUCUAGGAGGCACCAUUCAACGGCUAACGGUGUACAUGGUGGGAGGAGCUGUCCCUGAGAUUAUGCGGGCAAAAUGGAUGGCGACAUGCCAUGUGGUGAAGGCUAUGGUCCGGCUGAAUGCACCGUCACAAGCACAAUGA